AUGUAUGGAAAAUCUGGUUUUCUACUAUUGAUUUGCUUGUUUUUCAGUUAUUUAAUAUGUAAUCCUAAUAGAAAUGGAUCUGUUUGUAUAUGUGUACCACCUGGAUCAUGUCCUGGAUUAUAUGAUGGCAGUGGUCUCCUUGACUUAAGAAUAAUGAUAUCUAAUAUUGUACCACCUACUACCGCCGCAACAACUGUUUCUCCUAGUAAUGUUACCACUGCACCUAAUGCAUUAUUUGCUGGUAAUUGUUCUUUUAAUCUCAUUAAAUGUUGCAGACCUGGUAGAUAUAGAUGUGGUGAACGUUAUCCACCACCACCUGGUAGUCCAACUCCAAUAACAGGACAACCUUUAAAUGGAGCUUAUCCCUGGUCGGCCAAAUUAUUAUUAAAAUUAAAUGAACAAUAUAUUGCUGGUGGAGCACUAAUUGAUUUUAAACAUGUGAUCACUGUGGCUCAUAAAGUAUCUGGUUUGACUCCAGAUAAUUUAAUAGUUCGUUUAGGGGAUUGGAACUCUACUAAUGGUACAACACCAAUUCCAGCAAGAUCUUAUAAUGUUUCAAAGAUUAUAACACAUCCGAAUUUUACAUCAGUAAAUUUAUUUAAUGACAUUUCUGUUUUAAUAUUAUCAACUCCAGUUAUUUUGGGUUCUGUAUCAACAAUUGGUACUGUUUGUUUAACUAGAGAACGUAAUUACAAUUCAAGAUGUUUUGUAUCUGGUUGGGGUAAAGAAAAUUAUGCCGGUGCAUAUUCUUCAGUACAGAGACAUAUUCAAGUUGGAACUAAGCCACCAAGUGUGUGUCAAGAUCAAUUUCGUAAAACGAAACUUGGUCGUACAUUUAUUUUUAAUUCAAAUAGCUUUAUCUGCGCUGGCGGAGAAAGUGGAAGGGAUGCUUGUACUGGGGAUGGUGGCUCACCGUUAGUUUGCGAGAUGAACGGAAGAUACGAUUACCUGUUUUUAAGGUGGGCUGUUGUUGGACUUGUAGCUUGGGGUAUUGGAUGUGGAACAAAUAAUGUUCCAGGAGCUUAUGUUAAUGUUGCAUCUUAUAUACCAUGGAUUGAAAAUAAAAUUCUCCCAGCUGAAGAAAUUCCAAAGAAAGACAAAUUUGAGACAAAUGAAUUGGAAAGAGCCCCACGACAAACCGUUCUUACGACUACAUGUAUAUGUGUUCCACCAGGAUCUUGCUCAACAAGCACAGCGACACCAAGUACGCCGACUGAUGGAACUGGUCAAAUAGAUAUCAGAAUUGUAACAAACAAUUUAACAGGAGUAACUGUUGCUCCAACAAAUGCAACACCAGUAACAUGUCAAUAUGGUUUAGUUAGCUGUUGUCGUUUAGGAAAUUACAGAUGUGGUGAAACAUAUCCACCACCACCAAAUAGUCCGUCAUCCGGUCCAAAUCAAGCACAAUAUGGUCAAUUUCCAUGGCAAGCAGCUCUUUUAACUGUACCAGGUGAUGUUUAUAUUGGAGGUGGUGCAUUGGUUGACAAUCGACAUAUUUUGACAGCUGCACAUAAAGUUUAUAAUGUUCCAUUAACAUCUUUAAAAGUUCGUUUGGGUGAAUGGAAUGCCGGAGCAAACAAUGAGCCUAUACCACCUCAAGAUUACACAGUUUCUAGAGUUUUCAUAAAUCCUUCUUUUAACUCCUCUAAUUUAUAUGCUGAUACAGCUUUAUUACGUUUAUCAUCGAUAGUACCUCUUGGAACAACCACUACAAUAGGAACUGUUUGUUUAACACUUGCUUCAUUUGUAAAUUCUACUUGUUAUGUUGCUGGUUGGGGAAAAAAUGAUUUUAAUGGAAAUUAUCAAGCAAUUCAAAAAUUUGUCGAUGUAACUGUUAUUGAUUCAACGACAUGUCAAAAUAAUCUGAGAGCAACACGUUUAGGAUCCAAUUUCAUAUUAAGUGCAAAUGAUUUUAUUUGUGCUGGUGGAGUUGCUGGAAAAGAUGCAUGCACAGGCGAUGGUGGAUCACCUUUAGUAUGCCAAACAAAUGAUAACAGGUGGGUAAUUAUUGGUAUGGUCGCUUGGGGAAUUGGAUGUGGACAAAGUAAUGUUCCAGGAGUAUAUGUAAAUGUUGCAAAUUUCAUUACAUGGAUUCAACAAUCAGUACAGACACCUUAA